UUGCGUUGUUUGCAAUCAUCAGGAUUACUUCGGAGACUCGGUGAGUGACGUGAACAUGUGUCGUCUGGACGUGCUCACUCUGGUCAAGGCCAUCGACGUGGCCACCAACCACAACGACUGGUCCCUGGCGGCGGACUCGAGCUUCCGUCCGCGCGCCGCCUUCACGCCAUGGGCGCUGCAGCUCAAGAGCGUGGCGGCUCGCGUGGCGGACGACACGACGACGCGGAUGGUGCGCGCGUGCGGCGGCGCCGGGUACUCGCAGGCGGUGGGCAUUGAGCGCCUCUUGCGCGACUCCAAGGCCUAUUGGCUCAUGGGCCCGUCCACGGAGAUGGCGAGGAAGCUGGUUGGCCAGAUGGCGUUGAGGGGCGUGGACUCGCUGGACCUCUUCGAGUCUGUCUGCGACUACAACGCUCUCUUUCAUCAGGCAAACAAGUUGGCAGUUGAUAACAAGCGGCUGGUGGCUGCAAAACUUCUUGCUGAUGCUGACCGUCAGGAGACAAAAGAUCUUCAAUCCUCAGCAGGAAAUGACCAGAAACAGGGAGAAGACUUUGACAAUCCCUUCAACACAACCCCAACUGCUUACAAUGACAUGGUGUUGAUCACAGAAGAUCAGGUGAGGCAUCAGCCUGGUCUUCAUCCAACCCAAUGGACGAGACUCAAGCUAGCCAAGAAAAUUAAGCUGGACAAGGAGAAUCUUCUGGUUAUUUUCCAUCUGCCCACAGAAACUGACCACACUGGAACUUUGCCUGGACAGCAUAUUUCUGCGAGGAUGUCCGGAAAAAACGGGCCCAGAGAAAAAUUUCGUCGCUAUUACUCUCCCAUUUCGCGGCCGGACGAUUUUGGCAAACUCGAGCUGAUUGUGCGCAGCGACUCCAAUGGCGUAUUUGCACAGCACAUCAACGCGAUGGCGGAAGGCGACGACAGCCUCGAGUUCCGCGGUCCCAGUGGCGGCUUCGAGUACUUCUCCAACACUCUGGACUACCUGAUUGCUGACGACGAAGAAGACCGGUGCAAAAUGUUCCUGUUUUACGCAAAUGCAAAACCGUCGCAGAUUUUACUGCGGAAUGAAUUGACUCGUCGAACGUAUGACGAGAACUUCGUGGCCAAGUUUGUGGUUCAUGAUGGACACGGAGCCGGUGUCAGUGCAUCAUCGUCGCUUUUUGAAGAGGGCUACAUGGACGAAAACUUUUUCAGGAGGAAUCUGCCACCAGACCUGAUGUCAAAACGGCACAAGAUCCUAGUUUGCGGUGGGCCUCAAAUGAUCAUAUCUGUGCUGUACGCCCUUCGCGCCGUCGGCGUGGCGUCCGAGUCCAUCUUCAUCUACGGCCCAACGGCGGCGGAAUACAUUCGGGCUAUUUACGGACGAACCGCGUCUCUGUCUUCGCACCGCAGCUUCGAGUGUGGCGGCUCUCCAUCAUUAUUGACCAGCGCCCAGAAGAGCCUGUGUUCUGCUCGCCAAAUCGUGUCGGAAGAUGGGAGGAAGCUAGUCAUCACUGAGCAUGCAGUUAGCACUGGGAUCCGGCUGGAAAACUGGUCCGAAACACCCGAGUUGGUUCGCGAUGAGACCGGGACGUUGUUGGUCCUUCCGGCCGCUAGCAACAACAAUAGCGAUACACUAGCGACAUCUGAAUGAGAGUACAUCAAAUUCAGAAAUAGAAGUCGCGUUAUUUGUAUGCGCAGUGUCGCGCUUCGACUCAAAAAAGGUUCCCCUCCUCCUUGAUGCUUCCUAUAUCCAUAUACCUGAUCUUACAUAUAUUUCUGUUAAUUUAUCAGUCCUUCGUUUCCCUUUUUUUUCGUGAACGUAUUAAUUCUUAAAUCAUCGUACAUCCCGGUUCUUCAUUCGGUGGAUGAAAUAAACAAAAUUGGAAUUCA